AUGGCGCCCCAGCGGCCCAUCCUCACGUGCGUGCUGGCCGCCGCGGUGGUGGCCUUGUGCCGCAGGGGCGCCGGCUUCGACGCGGAUGUGGCAUUCGACGCCUCGGCCGCCAGUGGCCCGGGCCCCACCGUCACCUACAAGAAGCGCCCCUUCGGCAUCCUGCGCUACCAGCCGGGCAACGGCAUGAAGGGCGCGAUGGCCAUGGAGGUGAUCCCGGUGUCCCGGUACCCUGGGGACCCUCAGGGCCAGGCGUUCUCCGCCGGCGUGUCGGGCGGCAUGGUGGUGAAGUCCAUCGCAGGCGCGGAGGACUUCGGCAAGAUCAUGGACCUGCUCGACGACGAGGUGGCCGACCCGCGCUUCUCGAAGUCCACUGCGCUCGCCCUGGAGAAGUUGGGGAGGAAGGCGGACGCCGUUGAGCCGCCCAUCGAGGUGGUCUACGCGACCGUGCCGGGCUACGUGUACGCGGGCGCCGAGAUGAAGGCGGACGGCCAGGACGGCUUCGCCCGCUGA